UUCGUAUCACAGCUCACUGAACAAACACAGACCACGAUGAAUUCGCUGGUGGUGUUCGUUUCCGUCAUGGCGCUCGCCGCUGCCGCACCAAGCUAUUUGCAUUCUCCAGGAGUCAUCACUUACGGUGUUCCUACACUCGCAUUGGGAUCGUCUGCAGUUUCGCAACAGUCCCGGAUAGACAUCAAGUCAAGCCCAGCUGUUGUAUCCGAGACCGUCUCAGCGCCAGUACUUCGGACAGUUGUUUCUGGGCCUUCAGCUAUUGUCCCAACUGCAUACGCGUCACCAAUCGCUUUUGGCGGUGCUGCUGUAUCUCACCAAUCUAGAGUUGACAUCAAAUCAAGCCCGGCUGUUGUUUCUGAGUCGAUCUCAGUGCCAGAAGUUCGGACGGUUGUUGCUGGGCCAGCUGCCGUUAUUCCAACUGCGUACGCCGCUACAGUCGGUGUUGCACCCGCCGCAGUAUCUCAUCAAUCCAGAGUCGACAUCAAGUCAAGCCCAGCUAUUGUGUCUGAGACGAUCUCAGCACCAGAAGUCCGGACUGUUGGUGUUGUUGCUGAGCCAGCUGCCGUUAUCCGAUCUGCAUACGCAGGCCCAGUCGCUGUUGGAGCAGCCGCAGUAUCGCACCAAUCUAGAGUUGACAUCAAAUCGAGCCCAGGCCUCAUCAGCACGGUAGCUUCAGGUCCGAUUUUCAGCGCCUACUCUGCCGGACCCUUCGCCUACUCCGCUCCUUAUGGCCCCGCAUUCGCACCAAGCGUCAUCGCUUCCAUCCCAAGUGUAUCCCGGACAGUUAUAACCCCUUACGAUCUUUCUGCUAAGGUUGUAACAUCUGAAUUGAAAGAGGGUGAAUCCUCACAAUCUCUGCCAGCUGAGACACCAGAGGUCGCCGCUGCUCGUGCUGCUCACGAGGAAGCUAAAGCUCAAAUUGAAGCCGAGCACUCCAUCAAGAAGCGGUCGGUGGGUCUGGUCGCCACACCGGCGGUCACCACUUACUCCGCUGGGCCACUGAUCUCCCACUACGCUACAUCUCCUUACGUAUACUCUUCUCCACUAGCUCACGUACGUUAUGGUGUCCCCACCCCAUACUAUAGCGUACUUUGAGCACCAUGACGGAAGUGAGGAGUUCGUCUCCUCGGUUCAGACUACAUCGAGCAAUCGUGAUUCUAAAAUAUAAUAUAAUCAAAUA